CACAUCAAAAGUUUCGACCUUUGAGCUCAAAACGAAGUCAAAUCUUGAAUCUAUUCACUCUCCUUACAGAAGAACUAGUUAUGGAAGUAGAAGAGGAAAUCCUUGAAAACGGCGGAUCCGUAAAUGUGUUUGAAGGAGAAAGUAAGUUUCGUAAUGUGGUCUGUGGUCCUGUGCGGUGGCUAAAGAUGUUGGCCUUAGAGCUUCACUGGACCUUUCUCUUUGGUGUGGUCUCAAUUUAUGGAAUAAACCAAGGGUUUGGUAACUCAUUGGGUAAAGUAGCUACAGAGUAUUACAUGAAAGAUGUUCAAAAGGUUCAGCCUUCUCAAUAUCAAAGUCUCUUUACAGUCACUAAGAUUCCAUGGAUCAUUAAGCCUCUUUGGGGUAUUCUCACUGAUGUUGUUCCCAUCUAUGGUUCCCACAGAGGUCCUUACUUCAUCAUAGCUGGGGUGCUUGGAGUGGUUUCUUUUCUGUUCCUAUCGGUUCAGAGUAAUCUAAACCUUUACUUGGCACUGUUUUGGAUGACUAUAUCAAGUACAGGAACGGCCAUAGCUGAUGUAACCAUUGAUGCUUGCAUUGCUUACAACAGUAACGAACACCCGUCUCUUGCACCGGAUAUGCAGACUUUUUCCAAUUCUAGCUCCUCCAUUGGAGCACUUAUUGGUUCCUUCAUGAGUGGUAUCUUACUUCAUCUUGUUGGCUCCAAGGGCGUGUUUGGCCUGCUUGCAUUUCCAUUCGCCUUCGUAAUUGUAGUUGGAAUCUUGUUUAAGAAGCCCAAAAAGGUAAACCAGAUCACAUUUACCGAUGCAAUGAACGCGAUGAAGAGCACAAUGGAGCGCUCAGAAGUGUGGCGUCCGAGUGUGUUUCUAUGCAUUUCCUUUGCUCUGUGUUUGGACAUUCACGAAGGUCUUUGCUCUGUGUUUGGACAUUCACGAAGGUCUUUGCUCUGUGUUUGGACAUUCACGAAGGUCUUUUCUGUUGGUAACCUUUGGCUUGCGGUUUUGGUUAGGAAUGUGAUGAGACUUUUGCCGCUCUGUUUCCUGUUACUUGUGCCCGAAGGAAACCCGAAAACGUUCACGCUACUGAAUGAAAGAACUGGGAAUGUGGAAAUGACAAAUCGUGAGACAGUGGUCAAAGAAGAAAGAAAUAUGCUUUUGGAGUCGGGCACCUCUCCUUCCGAUAGGAGCUAGCAACAGUAUACAAGUUUUUGUGUUUUCUUGAUACAGAAGAAACAAACAUCUCUGUAACUCAUUAAUUCAUGACAACAUUGUUGUUGUUACGCCCUAGCUCCUUUACCAAACAUCGUACAUGUAUGGUAUUAAUCACAAGACUCGAUAACAAUUCAAA